AUGCGAACCGUCCGGCGGACGACACGCGACUGCCUCAGCUCAAUCCGUAACGAGGACACGCUUAAGGAGUCACGAGACGAGGCACCUGGCUCCGCCGGCAGGAAAGACAGUAACUAUACGACUCCGUCACGCAGAGCGGACUCGGAGCUACUCGCCACCACCACCACAGUCCCUGACCGCUCCGCCACAGCUGCAACAAGUUGCGGUCCUGCUAACGAGCCGACGAACCCGUUGCUUGCCCUGUCACCAAUCAAGUUCACUAAUAUCAGCGAAAACAACCCGUUCAAAAAGUCGGUCGUCGGUUUUCUCGCUGCAGCUGUAAUUGUCACCGUCAUGGUUGCGGUAAUUGGCUUAGCGAUAUCGAGACACGAGCACACCAAACGCGAGAUCUACUGUGAGACGGAAGGCUGCUUACUCCAUGCUCGGCUCCUCACCAAGGACUUAAACAAGACCAUCGAUCCGUGCGAAGAUUUCUCCGCGUACGUUUGCUCAGCCUGGUCGCGUUCAGGUGACUACAGGGAACAAGUGAAGACGCCCAUCGACGGCAUCCUGUAUAACCGAGGCAACACCAGCUUCGAAAACUUCCGGCGCCUCAUGAAGGUGAUGAACCUAAGCUGGCCAGAAAAUCCCGGAAAAAACGUGAACGCGCUUGGGGUGAUGCUGUCGCUCUCGUACAAGUGGCACAUAACCAUCUGGAUCGCGGUAUCGGGAAAGGAGGCGUAUUGGCGUCUCGGCAUCGGACCAUCCGAGUACAUACCGUUGCCGAAAAAUCACUACGCUAGCGUGAGAAGCAGUGGCGGGUACCCUCAGUACUGGAACGGUUAUUACCACGCGCUGCGCACCAGUGCGUCGCAACCAUUGGAUAAACCUGCAAUCGACCGCUUCGCCGACGCAGAGGGCGAUAUACUCGGACGUCUGCUGAGUCCACUUGCCGCAACGGAAAAACACUCGGCCGUGGUUCCAAUCGCCAGUAUGGGAAACGUCACUGCUUCGCUCUCGCCGUCGACCUGUCUAGAGCAGUUGAACCUGCACCCGGACUUAGGACCAAAGGUGGCUGCGGACGACAGGGUUCUCGUCAGUGACACGGCAUUCCUCGCGGCAUUCGGAGACCUUUUCGCGAGAUACUCCCAUCAGCAGCUACUCAGCCACUUGAGUUGGCUCUUUGUCCAGACUUAUGCACCGAUCUUGGACCGAAAACUACACCUGGCCCGAUUCGGAGACAGCGAGAAAGCCAACCUGUACAAGCCUAUAUUUUGCGCCUUUCACGUAGAGUCGACUUUCAAGAUUCUUGUUUUUGCGCUCAAUUAUGUUUCCGGCUUCACGCAAAGCGACAGAAACACGGUGACCACUGCCUUUGGUAGACUAAUGUCAGCGGGCGUCCGCGAGCUGAACAGUUCCACCUGGUUGGAUGAGGAGUGCGAGACGUCCGCUGCAGAAAAGUUGGCUUCUGUGCAGGUUAUCCUCUGGCCUGGGCAGCUGUGGCUUGGCAACGAAUUUUUAAGAACGCUGUACAGUGACUUCCCAAUCAAUGAAACGUCCUUCGGCGAUUACUGGAUGAAGACCCGCUUAGCGAUAGCGAAAAAGAAUAGAACGGUUAAUUUCGAGGCCACGUUAAGACUGCCUAGUAACUUUCCUCCUCCUACAUACCGGUACGACUACAUUCGCAACAACAUAGAAAUCCCUAUCGGCACAGUCGACAAACCGUUGUUUUACAAGGACGCCACAAAAGCAAUGUUCUACGGUGGGUUUGGACUUCUCAUUGCUCUGGAAAUGGUCAGGGCACUGGACAAAAUUGGUCUCCACUGCAAUGAAGAUGGAAGGGAGACCACGUCUAUCCUCAGCGAAAGAUCAAUUAAAUAUUUUGAGGAGAAGAACGCUUGUCUGAAAGACGAAGGAUCAAUUAGCAUAUUUCCCGAAGUACCAGCGGUAGAGAUUGCUUACGCUGCAUUGUCUGACGCCAUUCGAGAGGACAAGGACGCUCUCACUAUUCGAGACUUGCCAGAGGAGAAGGUGUUCAUGACCCUAUGCUACAUGAUGUGCAAAGAACGGGAAGCCAAUCGCUUUGGCGGCGUUGAUUCCCACAAAGUAAUACCAACUCCUUAG